AUGAGGUUCGACAUUUCCAAUGCAGUUGCAUGGGUGGACGCGCGGACAGAAACGACCACACGAUGGACUCAAGCCCCGAGGUGUGGAACACGAGAUCCGGGGCAUGCGUGCGAGUUGAAAGGCAAGGAACAUCGUCAGACACUAGGAGGCGGUAGGUUCAAGACUCCUGAUGUUGGCUGGAUCACUCCAAAUGACGCACAUGGGGCACCGAUCUGGCUGUUUACGGGGAGCCAGAGCUCCUAG